UACCUCAGCUCGCAGGUACAUCCUUUAUUUGACCCCCUCCCUCCCCCCCCUUCCAAUUGGAAAUCCCUCUUCGUUGAGUAAUCUCAUCUUUUCCAACUUAUUUAUCUUGCCUUUUGCUUCUUGUUCUUCCAAACAACCAAACGCUUGAGAAAUCGUAAACCAAGAUACCCUACAAAAGCCUACAACAUGUCUGGACCUGUCGCUGAUAUCGGCCUCAUCGGCCUGGCCGUCAUGGGUCAGAAUUUGAUCCUCAACAUGGCCGACCAUGGCUUCACCGUCUGCGCCUUCAACCGUACCGUUUCCAAGGUCGACCACUUCCUUGCCAACGAGGCCAAGGGCAAGUCGAUCGUUGGUGCCAAGUCCACCGAGGAGUUCGUCUCCAAGCUCAAGUCCCCCCGCCGCAUCAUGCUCCUCGUCCAGGCCGGCAAGCCCGUCGAUGACUGGAUCGAGACUCUUCUCCCCCUCCUCGAGAAGGGCGACAUCAUCAUUGAUGGCGGUAACUCUCACUUCCCCGACAGCAACCGCAGGACAAAGUACCUUGCCUCCAAGGGCCUCCACUUCGUUGGUUCCGGUGUCUCUGGUGGUGAGGAGGGUGCCCGCUACGGCCCUUCGCUGAUGCCCGGUGGUGACGAGGCUGCCUGGCCCCACAUCAAGGACAUCUUCCAGUCCAUUGCUGCCAAGAGCGAUGGCGAGGCCUGCUGCGAGUGGGUCGGUGACGAGGGCGCUGGCCACUACGUCAAGAUGGUCCACAACGGCAUUGAGUACGGUGACAUGCAGCUCAUCUGCGAGGCCUACGACAUUAUGAAGCGCGGUCUCGGCCUCUCCCACAAGGAGAUGGGCGAUGUGUUUGCCAAGUGGAACAAGGGCGUUCUCGACUCGUUCCUGAUUGAGAUCACCAGGGAUAUCAUGUACUUCACCGACGAUGAUGGCACUCCUCUCGUCGAGAAGAUUCUCGACAAGGCUGGCCAGAAGGGUACCGGCAAGUGGACUGCUGUCAACGCCCUUGACCUGGGCAUGCCUGUCACCCUCAUCGCCGAGGCUGUCCUUGCUCGUUGCCUGUCUGGCAUCAAGGAGGAGCGUGUCAAGGCCUCCACCAAGCUCGAGUUUGUUGGCCGUGCCAACAAGUUCGAGGGUGAUAAGGAGCAGUUCUUGGAGGACCUCGAGCAGGCUCUCUAUGCUUCCAAGAUCAUCUCUUAUGCCCAGGGCUUCAUGCUCAUGCAGGAGGCUGCUAAGGAGUACAACUGGAAGCUCAACAAGCCUUCCAUUGCCCUCAUGUGGCGCGGUGGUUGCAUUAUCCGCUCCGUCUUCCUGAAGGACAUCACCGCUGCUUACCGCAAGAACCCCGACCUCGAGAACCUUUUGUUCGACGACUUCUUCAACAAGGCCAUCCACAAGGCCCAGCCCGGCUGGCGUGACGUCGUUGCCAAGGCUGCUCUCCUUGGUCUUCCCACUCCCGCUUUCUCCACUGCUCUGUCGUGGUUCGAUGGCUAUCGCACCAAGGACCUCCCCGCGAACCUGCUCCAGGCUCAGCGCGACUACUUCGGCGCCCACACCUUCUUGGUCAAGCCCGAGUACGCCAACGAGAAGUACCCCGAGGGCAAGUACAUCCACGUCAACUGGACUGGCCGCGGCGGCAACGUUUCCGCUUCCACCUACCAGGCGUAAAGAAAGUACGGUAUGGAAUGGAUACGAUGUAUUGGUCAGGAGACGAUCUAGACAUUGGGAACGGUUGCUUCAGUGUUUUGGCAACUAACGAAAGGGUAAACACGUAAGAUGCAUCAGCCAAGAUGCCGAUUUAUGGUAUGAACUGGAAUUAAAAAGUGGUACUUUAGCAUGAACUGGAAUUCGAAUUUUUUUCUCCCACUCGCAGUGAACAAGAACUAUGAUGCUGUACCGCAUUGAAACCAGUGAAGAAUGCCUGCGAUCCAUGCCCGUCCGAUCGUGCAGGGACGGAAGACUAGCUACUGCCGGCGGCUCAGGAGUAGUGAAGAACGAGACCGAUGAGACGGACACUGAGCAUUGAAAUACAGCGACAAACCGUUGGUUCAGACUAGGGAUUGUGGUUCCUCGCUAUCUAUGAGAUGUCCUCUACGUGCCUUUCCACGUUCCAUCCUGUCGAAUGAUGGUGUAUACAGCGAUUUUAUAACCAGGCUGAAACAGGGCCACUGAGGCUCGAGUCGACAUGAGGCUAGCAGCGGUUGUUGGAAUCAUGGCAAAAAUAAAUAAAUUGGCUUUAUCAAGAUGCAGGUCACCCGUGAGCAUUUGAAUGGAGUUGGCUAGGUUGAGCGACGAGGUAGUCACGUGUAACUGUACACAUCACCCCUUGAAAGUUCGUUAGCGCGGGACUUUACUACACACUCUUCGCAACUCAACGAAUAUUCC